GACGGUUCGGCUGCUGGGGCGCCCCCGUCCCCGCGGGACGCCCGGCCCGGCCCGCUCGGCGGCUUGAAAUUCCUCUUGCUAGUCUUCCAUUCUGUUAAAUGCUUCGCAAACCAGAGCAAAGGAAGAGACGUGAAGAGUUGAAUUUCACUGCCUUGUUUGGAACUGGGUGGAAAUCCUGGAGAUGGAUCUCUUAGGAGACUGUCUUCCAAUGGGGUUAGAUGCACAGGAGCAAUGGAUCGCCCCAGAUACCUGGAAGAGGACUAUUCUAGCCUGGAUGGGCUGGACGAUGACGUGUUUCACUCUGAUGACUUUGGACUUGCAGGUCAGCCUGGUGAGAUGACUGCAACUGGCAUUUUCACACAGAACCAGUCCUACAGCUGCCUUCUGGGGAGGUUUCAACUAUUUCCCCUCACACACUGCUGUGGUCCCGGUGUCAGGCAUCCUGAGCAGCAGGACAAGGCAACUCAAACACUCAGCCCGUCCUCUUCCAGUCAGGAUGUUAUGUUGCCUUGUGGAGUCACUGAAGAGCCCCGGAGACUCUUCUAUGGGAAUGCUGGUUACCGCUUACAUGUCCCCCCAGUUGGCUUUGCAUUGGAUCCAGAUCUCCAAGAAGAGCCUCAGGAAGGUCAGCGGGAGGCGCGUACUGAGGUGCAGAUUGCACGGAAGUUGCAGUGCAUUGCAGACCAGUUCCACCGGCUCCACAUACAGCGGCAUCAGCAGAACAGAAAUCAAGUGUGGUGGCAGCUUUUUCUCUUUCUACACAACUUGGCCUUAAAUGUGGAGGCGAACAGGAACCGCACUGGGCAGAGGUGAGCUUCACCCACCUGUUUCAGGCCACAUCCAGUCUGCAGGGAGCACUGAACAAACACUGGUUCGGGGGAGAGACAUGCACACCGCCGGCCGGAUGUGAGGACUCUGAAAUUCUUAUACUCGUCUUCAAGUUUGGGGUUUUAUGGACUCUUCUUUGCUGCUCCCUGCCUUGUGAGGUGGGGAGCUCUUGUCCAACACUGUCGAAGGAAAGCCAGAAUGUGGAUGUGUUUGGUAAAGCUUGCUGCUGGUUCCCCGCACCGAUAACCUCUGUGCAGGAGAGGCAGGUAUUAGGCUAACAGUUUCCUCUGCCCUGUGUGUCACUCAGUGAUAGAGUGCAGGAGAGUCAUUUUGACUGCUAGUUAAAAAGGAUGUCUGAGGACUAAUGACUUUGAACAUCAAACGUACUUUGGGAAUCUUCACAAGCAGAGAUGAUUCCUCCAUGAUGAAAGUUCUUUUUAACAACGAAAACAUUUCAGUAGCUUAUAUUCAGCAGGUUACUUGUUUUCUGAAUGGAUUUAUUUCUUUGCAUCUUAAGUGAGGGAAAAUCACAAAGAAAUACAAUCUCCUCAAUCUUUCCAUUGGGCACCAGUUGCAGCUCUCUCAUAUGAAGUUAUUCUUUGUCAUUGCUGCCAAUACACCAAACUGUUUCAGUAGAAUGUUCUUGAAAACAUUCCUGGAGUUAUUGGUGACUAUUAACUUCUGUCCCUCUUCACUUCCAAUUGAGUACUCACAAUACCCAUAAGCCAGCAUGAAACUAAAACCAUGGAAUAUGACACAUGUCAUUUUUUCUACAAUGCUAUUGUAAAUGCUUUUAUUAGUUUUA